CCAACCACGGCAACAGCCACGAUAUUCUUUCUCGAAAAUACGCUGUUGACUUUCUCGUAUCAGUUCUUUUUGAACUACAUCGCGGCGCGGUAGCUUUGGAAAACGGUAUUGUACAGUGUUAGGCAGUAUAAAAGAAACAAGCGAAUUAAUAUUAAAUAUUAGUGUGCUUCAGAAAAAAAAAAACGAUUACGUGCUAGUAAAUGAAUGCUUAUAAAAAUUAAAUAUUACUGCUACCGUGAUUUUGGUGGUUGGCUAUAAAAUAAAUAUGCAAUAAACAUAAUUUUCAAUGUGGUUUCAAAAAUAUUACCACAUAUGCACAUACAUAAGUGUUUAACGAAGUAAAUAAAUUAACGGUGUAGACAUAAUCGCUACACAACUCAACUCAAUGUUUGAUAAGAAUAUGGAUACGACGCUCUCAUCAUCAUUACAUGUUGGUGAUUUAGAUUCAACAAGUUCCGGCGGCACAUCCUCUGACAAUUCAACAGUUAUACAGGAUAAUAUGCAUUCACCCGUGCAAUAUGGUAGUCUUUAUUUACCCAAUUCAAAUUAUCGCGGAAAUAUCUCCUGCAAAACAGUACUGCACUUCGAUAAGUUUCCCGCCUAUAGCAGUGAUAAGGAGCUGGAACGAAGGUUCUGCGAUAUCACCAGUGACUAUGACAAGUCUCCACCACCCACUGCAGCGGGCUCGCCGCUCUAUCCCGCACUGAAUGGCGUCGUAUAUGAAAAUGGGGUUGGUGAUCACAAUGGCAAUACGAAAACGGCGCUCGGCAGUGAAACGUUAAACAGCAUUAACCGCACAACAACGGUGGGUCUGGGUGGCGGUGGUCAACUCAUUUCUGGCAUAACAGCAACACAUAGCAUGCCGCCAGGUGGAUUUCAGUUGGACCGCAAAUUUCUGCAAUUCACCACAGAUCAGAUCCAAUGCAUGUGUGAAGCACUACAACAAAAAGGCGAUAUCGAGAAGCUAACCACCUUUCUUUGCAGCCUGCCCGCCAGUGAACUCUUCAAGACGAACGAAAGUGUAUUGCGCGCACGCGCGCUCGUCGCCUACCAUCGUGGCCAAUUUCACGAACUCUACAAUCUAUUGGAGACGCAUUGUUUCUCGGUAAAAUAUCAUGUGGAUUUACAAAAUCUCUGGUAUAAGGCGCACUACGAAGAAGCGGAGAAGGUGCGCGGACGACCGUUGGGUGCGGUCGAUAAAUAUCGUCUGCGAAAAAAAUAUCAAUUGCCGAAGACGAUUUGGGAUGGUGAGGAGACUGUGUAUUGCUUUAAGGAGAAAAGUCGAAACGCUUUAAAAGAUUGGUAUAUGACAAAUCGUUAUCCCACGCCAGAUGAGAAGAAGACGCUGGCACAAAAGGCGGGACUAACGCUGACGCAAGUGUCGAAUUGGUUCAAAAAUCGAAGGCAGCGCGAUCGAACGCCGCAACAAAGACCUGAUAUCAUGUCUGUCCUGCCUGUUCAACAAUUGGAUGCUAAUGGCUUUCCACGUAUGUUCAACGCUCCCAGUUACUAUCCAGAAUCGAUUUUCAACGCUCAAUAACAUAAGAUCUUGCAAUUUUAAGGAUGUUCGUUUUUCAUUAGAAAUUUUGGACAUUCUUUAAAUUAUGAAUAUAUUUAAAGUUCUGUUGUAAAUAAAAAUAAUAUAAGCCCAUUGAAAAUGGCGAAUUAGCAUAAAUUGAUUUUUUAAAUUUAAGGCACAAUAAAAAAAUAAAAU